ACUGAGCAAUUUUGUUGGCAUGGUAGCCACUGUUUGUAGCAUUCGACAUGGCGUCGUUUCGGGAAGAGAUAUUGUUUGAGAUUAGUGGUCAGGCUAAAUCACCCUCUAAAGACUUCUAUCAGCUUAUUGUAACAAAAACAGAGAUAAUAUGGAGGUGGUGGAAGAUUUCGGUGCGUAUCAGGUUGCAAAGUCUAAAGCCUGGAGAAAUGAAGCAAAGUCAUGAAGAGUUCCUAACUGAUGACAGAAUACAGCGACAAAUCUCUGUAAUCUUUGGGUCGAAGUACCUGGAGUGCAUAAUUGGCAUCUGCGAAGGGAAUUUAGAUUAUUUGGAGCGUUUGCCUACUAAGCUGGAGACCAUUUGCCAACUCUGCCAGACAUCCCAUGAUCCAAAGCAGCCGUGUGACGCUGAACAAUCAUGGGAGCAGGCAGUGCGGCGCAGUGGCAUGGAGAUCACACCCGAAACAGAGAUGCUGGCCAAAAAUAUUGGCUGGGAGAAGAUUUACAACACUUUCAUUCUUAACAAAGGCCAGGAUGACAGUGAGACAAACGUGAACGCGGGCGAGAAACCAGGCCCUUAAACAUUAAGCAUGGCUUUAAGAAGCAUUAUAUGAAUCUUUCUGAUCAUUUACUUCACUGAAAACUCUGCUCCCCAACAGAGUUGCAUAUUUUGAAAUAAAAUAUUGAAUAGGCCAACAUUUAAAAUGUCACAAACGUGUCAUAAGUACUGGUAUCAUUGUGUUUAGCUGCUAAAGAAAACGGUAUAAAUGAAGAAGCAAA